UCGGCCACCUCCUCGCCCGCCCGCCCUGGCGCUCGCCUCAGCAUCUCCCGCUGCCCCGCCUCCGUCCCCUCUUACUCUCUCUGCUGUUUCCCUCGGAGUCCCGAGGCGGGAUCGACGACGCUCCGGAUUUGGGAUAUUCUGUGUAUGCUGUGCAAGAAAGGAUCAGGGCCUCAAAGCUUUCUGAACAGUUGAGUUGUGGCAGUUUGGGGGUUGCAGAGGACAAGAUAGUGCCACGGUCGGCUUCCCUCUCCUAGUUGGACUGCCAUGUCGGUGAACGUGACUCUUACUGGCCCAGCUCCCUGGGGCUUCCGAAUCACAGGGGGAAGAGACUUCAGGAAGCCCAUUGUGGUGUCUAAGGUAACGGAACAGAGCAAAGCAUCCCUAGGGGAUCUUCGACCUGGUGACGUCAUCAUCUCCAUCAAUGGGGAGAGCACUUCCGAGAUGCUCAAUGUGGAGGCACAGAAGAAGAUUAAACAGAGCUCUGGACAGCUGCUAUUGCAGGUGGACAGGUCCCACCCAUUUUCUCCCGGCCAAACCAAUGGUGAAAGUUCUCCUGAGAUGAUGUCCAUAAGGUUUCAGCAGGGUGCUGUGAGAACCAGAGAUGACGGCCAGAACUCAGUAAGAUCCUCCUUCUCCAGCCCGGCUUCCAUGAGUCCACGGCCCAGCAGUCCUUACUCUCCCCCACCUCCGGGGUAUCGGUCUGGCAGCCCCUACAGCCCACAGAGGACCAACCCACUCAACGAGGGCAGAGGAGAGUUUGUGAUGAAUAGCCGCAGCUUCCAGUCUCUGGGCGGUUCAAUGGGAAUGUCUGGUGAGCAGUCCCCACCACUCCAGCGUCCAAGUAGCAGACAGGAAAGGAGGAGUUUCAGCCAUUCUGGAGGGUCUCCAAUUACUGUGUUGCCUCCCUUAAAUGGCUCUCCCUCCCCAGGAGCAUAUUCCCUCUCCAGCCCUUGGAAAAACCAGGACAGGAGCACUUCCUCCUACAGUCGCAGUUACAGCCUGGAUUCAGAGGCAGCCAUGAAUCAUUUGGAAGGGGACUCUGAGGUCUACAAGAUGAUGCAGGAAAACCGAGAAACCAGGGCCCCGCCACGACAAUCGAGCACUUUCCGCAUGCUCCAGAUGGCUCUGGAGAUGGAUGAGAAAGGGGGCACAGUGACUCACUUCCCCAGCCAGCUCUCUCCCAGUUCACACAAGCCAGUCAGCAGUUCUGUGGCCAGCAGCAACCAGAAACUUCAUACCUGUGAGAAGUGUGGCAGCAGCAUCGUGACCCAGGCGGUUAGGAUCCAGGACAAUCGCUACCGCCACCCCUCCUGCUACAUUUGCACCGACUGCGGUCUCAAUUUGAAGAUGCGAGGCCAUUUCUGGGUUGGCGACGAGAUGUACUGCGAGAAGCACGCCCGCCAGCGCUACCAAGGGCCAACAGGGGGCAGCACGGUCACAGCUGUCUACUCCCAGUCCUAAACCUCUCGACUCUGAGCAAGAAAGAUACUGGUCCUGCCACCACCCUGAAAUGCUUCUCCCAGGACAUCAUCAGCGUGGCCACCAAAAGGCUGCCUUGGGUCUCUUUCGACUGGCUGUCGGGCCUUUCCUUUCUUACACCAUCCCAAAUCCAGGGAAGGUCCAGCCGCUUGAGGCAUACCCAAGCAGCAGAAAACAACACACACAUGCAGAAGAAGAAGGAGAGAGAGAAGCAGGAAAUGUGGGAAGAGGAAUCACUUUCUUCAAGGCAUUCUCAGUGAGCUUGGCAGGCGUGCAACCUGUUUCUUAGAAAGGUGAAUGUCUGCAUAACACAGGCACAGUUACUUUGGGCGCUUGAUGGUUUCCAGAAGGAGCAACCCGGACCUUCUCUUAUGCCAAGUGCACCUCCGGGGAAGUGGGGAGGCAUGCAGUUAGGAUGUGAUUGAUUAUCUUUCUCAUGCCAUCCUCCUUCCAAGAGUAGCAGAUGCAAACCCUAAAUAGCUCUUGCCCAUUCCACAGCCACUGGAGCAGAAAGUCUUCUUUCACUGUAUCAUAACUUUCCUGCUUCUUUCUAUCCGGAUCUGUAUAGCAAACGGCAUUGGAAAAGAAGGUUAGCCGUGUCACUGGAGCACUGGGUACCAGCAUGGCAUGAGUGCAGCUUUGACUAUGGACUCUCUGUGAAGCUUCUCUAUGAUACUAAAGCCAGAUCUCUAUGUGAAAUAUAAUAUAAUAUAUAUAUA